GGAGAAUGACCUCUUUUGGCUGCAGAAUCUAAUCUGUCGUUAGCCACUUCAGAUCAAACCGGUUCGGUCUGCGGUAGGUUCGGUAGUAUCAAGUUAAUCAGGCGUUAUAGCCAAUUUACCACGUUCGUUUUACAAAUCUAACGCCUAGUUACGUAAAUAUGAGCGACAACGAGAAAGAGUUCAGGGAGCAGGACUCGCGGCCUGGCUCGAGGAGUGCGUCCCCUCGGGGCUCGGCGAAGUCCACCAGCCGCUCACCAGCACGCUCCAAAGAUGGCUCCCGCCGUUCCAGGUCCAGAUCUCGUUCUCGGUCCAGAUCCAAAUCCAGGUCCCGGUCCCACCGAAGCUCACGCAGGCACUACUCCCGCUCUCGUUCCCGCUCCCACCGACGCCGUUCCAGGAGCCGAUCCCGUAGCUGGGAAUACCGCCGCCGUAGGAGCCAUAGCCGCUCCCCCAUGUCAAACCGACGCAGACACAUUGGCAACAGGGCCAACCCAGACCCCAACACCUGUCUGGGUGUGUUUGGACUGAGCCUGUACACCACCGAGAGGGAUCUGAGGGAGGUUUUCUCUAAAUACGGCCCUUUGAGCGAUGUCAACAUCGUGUACGACCAGCAGUCACGUCGCUCAAGAGGCUUCGCCUUUGUCUACUUCGAAAACUGUGAGGACUCCAAGGAGGCCAAGGAGCGUGCUAAUGGAAUGGAGCUUGAUGGACGGAGGAUCCGAGUGGAUUUCUCCAUAACUAAACGAGCCCAUACUCCCACUCCUGGAAUCUACAUGGGACGUCCCACAUAUGGUGGUGGUGGUGGUGGUGGUGGUGGCGGCAGCGGCGGCAGUGGUGGCAGUGGUGGUUCGUCGCGGCGUGUCUCGAGGGACUACGACAGGGGCUACGACAGAGGUUAUGACAGAGGUUACGAUCGUGACUAUGAUCGUUAUGACGACCGCGAGUACAGAUCAUACAGACGCAGAUCUCCAUCUCCUUACUACAGCAGAGGGUACCGCUCUCGAUCCCGAUCCCGGUCCUACUCACCACGUCACUACUGAGCAGUUUGAGAAGAGUCAUCGACAGAUUCAGUGUUAUUGUUUGGAUGCUUGUUUCUCUUUGUUUUUUUGACCAGAUAAUGUAUGUGAUAUGAAUUCAGGAUUUCUUUCUGUUUUAAAGGUUUAAAAAAAAUGUCCUAAACAUGCAGUCUGUCUGUGCACCACAACAUUGGUGGUGACUUAACUUUACCAAAUUUGUCGAAAUCAAGUGUUUUGCCAAAAAAUACGCAAGAAAAUAAUGUUCAGGUGGACAUGGGCAGUGCUCCAGAUCUGCACCACAUACCAAUCACUUUUCUCUUCACUUUAUUUCAAAUAUGUGAAGUUGAUUUGGUAAUCCUAACAGCUAACAAACAGAAAUCUAAAAAAGAACCUCUUUGGUUGUGGUAAUUAAAUAAAGGUCCGGUUUGUUUAUGAUUGGCGCGACAGACUUGUUUUUACAUUAGAAGGAUUUUCUGUGGAAGUUAUAUUACAUUUCUCAUUUUGCUGUUUGUAUGUAGCUGGUUUCUUAAACUGUCAAGAUCCUAGUUUGCUCUGGUAUGUGUUUUAAAUACCAUGUUUCUUUUUAAUUUUGCUUUUUUCUGGUGGAAAGUACUUUUUUGGGGGGGUUGUAUAUAAGCAAUAAAAAAACUACUUGGAUCAUUUGCCCUGUUGUUUUUUUAACACUGUAGUAUAAUGUAACAGCUGCAUUGCCCCAUGGUUUUA